AUGCUGAUAUCAAUUCUCCUGACCUUAUGUCCCUUGCUUUUGGUGGUCGGCCAAGGAAUACCACGCGGGGAAAUGCUCCUUUGUGAGGGGGAUCAUGGAAGAAUAGAAUGUGGUCCGAACGAAGUCAUUUACAUAUAUAGUGCAUUCUACGGACGAAUUAACAAAAAGAUUUGUGAUUAUGGUGAAAUUAAUACGGACAAAUGUCGAGCUUCAUCUGUGACGCAGAAGGUGAAGGACACCUGCGAUAAACGGUCGUUUUGUAUCAUUAACGCCGUCAGUGACAUAUUUGGUGAUCCUUGCCCAGGCACAUACAAAUACUUCAGGGUGCGAUUCGUUUGUGAUCUUGAGGGAGGACCCCUGACCACACGGGGAUUAGCGUCACUGAGAUACAGGAACGGUAGUUUUAACAGUGAUCUGGCUGAAACGUUUCCUCGCCUGAAAUUUUCACAAAAAUAUCAUGAUGUGACAUUUUGA